GCCCUGACUGUCCGUGGUACGCAUGUGAAUUUGAACCAAAAAUAUAGAAAUUGUUUAUUUUACAUAAAUGGUAAAUUAAAAUGCCUGCUGUAACAGAAAAUGAUGUCCUGGUAUACAGAGGCAGUAACUUCUUUCGUCAAAGAUUAAUACUUUCGAGUUUAAGUGGACGAGCCAUCAGAAUAGAGGAGAUUCGAAGUACACACGACGAUCCAGGGCUUCGGGAGUAUGAAGUGAGCCUCAUUCGUCUUCUAGACAAAGUGACGAAUGGAACAAGAGUUGAACUUAGUGAAACCGGCACAUCUUUGUAUUAUCAGCCCGGAAUUUUGAUUGGAGGCCAGGUUACACACAGCUGUUGUCCGCAAAGGGGUAUAGGAUACUAUUUGGAAGUGCUAUUAGCUCUAGGGCCCUUUUGUAAGGAACCACUGAAUGCAGUACUACAGGGUGUGACACAUAGUGAACUGGAUGUAUCUGUAGAUAAACUGAAGACAGCCGCUUUACCUAUACUGCUGAAAUUUAUUCUGGUUGAUGAUGGGCUGGAACUAAAAGUCAUAAGAAGAGGAGCUCCACCUUUAGGGGGUGGCGAAGUGGUGUUCCGGUGUCCAGUGCGUCGUCACCUGCGUCCUCUGCAGUGGACCACGUGGGGCCUAGUGAAGAGGAUACGAGGAGUUGUGUACGCAUUACGGGUGUCACCAACUAUGGCCAAUAGAGUUGUGGACUCAGCCAAAGGAGUGAUGCUCAAGUUUCUGCCGGACGUGUACAUCAACACGGACCAGUGCCGGGGCUCCAAUGCCGGCAAGAGUCCCGGGUUCGGGGUCAGCCUCGUCGCAGAGACCAACGAGAAGACCUUUUACUGCGCAGAAGCGAAAUCCGUCGAAGCUGGUAAAGGUGAGAUCACCCUGCCCGAGGACUUGGGUCGCGAGUGUGCUCUGCGCCUAUUGGAUGAAAUCGCUCGAGGCGGCGCCGUCGACUCCGCCUUCCAAUGGCUAUUGGCUCUGUGGAUGGCGCUCGGACAGAAGGACGUCAGCGUCUGCAUAGUUGGCCCGCUGUCAGACUACACAAUAAGCUUCCUCCAACAUUUAAAAGAGUUCUUCGGUGUCAUGUUCAAACUGGAAGCCAUCGUUCAGGAGUCUGAAGAGUCUGAUGAUGAGGAGGAUAUGCCGUUAGCAAACAAAAUAAAGAUGACCUGUGUCGGAAUAGGCUAUGUUAAUAUCAGCAAAAGGACGUUGUGAAGUGGUUACGGUGUUAUCAUACUGUGCUUCAUUAACUGUGGUGUUACUAUAAGUGAAAAAUGUUGUGUUGCCAUUGCAAAAUGAAUUUUUUCCAUAGCCAA